AUGAUAAUAAGGAAUUGUUUAAUACUAUUCACAAUCAUUACAUGUGCAUUAAGUGCCAUUUUAGGUAUUGAUUUUGGUCAAGAUUUCACUAAAUCAGCUUUAAUUGCACCAGGUGUUCCUUUUGAAAUCGUACUAAGUUCAGAUUCAAAACGUAAAGAACCUUCAGGUUUAGCAUUGAAAAAAUUAAAUCAAGAUGAAAUUGAAAGAAUUUAUGGUCCUGGUACAAGUUCUCAUUGUACAAGAUUCCCAAAUACUUGUUUAUUAAAUUUAAAACCAUUAUUAGGUAAAUCUAUUGAUGAUCCUGCUGUUUCUAGUUAUAUUUCAACUCAUCCAGGUGUUAAAAUUGUUCCAUCUAAAAAUAAUAGACAAACUAUUGCAUUUGAAAUAAAUAAUUAUCAUUAUCCAAUUGAAGAAAUUAUUGCAAUGAGUUUCCAAGAUAUUGUAUCAAGAGCUUCUGAAACUUUAAAAGAGAAAACUCCAGGUGGGUAUUCUCAAAUUAAUGAUGUUGUUAUUACAAUCCCAAGUUAUUUCAAUCAAGCUCAAAGAUUAGCUUUAAAAGAUAGUGCUGAAUUAGCUGGUUUAAAAGUUAUUGGUUUAGUUGAUGAUGGAUUAGCAAUUGCUAUAAAUUAUGCUACAAAUCGUGAUAUUACUGAAGAUAAAGAAUAUCAUAUCAUUUAUGAUAUGGGAUCUGGUUCCACAACUGCAACUUUAGUUUCUUUCACUAAAAAUGGUACAGAACCUUUAAAUAUUAAAGUUGAAGGUUAUUCACAUGAUGAAUCAUUAGGUGGUUCAUUAUUUACAAAUGCAGUUUAUGAAAUUUUAAAAAAUAAAUUCUUGGAACAACAUUCAAAUAUUAAAACUGAAAAAUUUUUAUCAAAUAAUAGAGCUAUUGCUAAAAUUUUACAAAGUUCUGAAAAGGCAAAAUUAGUUUUAAGUGCAAAUAAUGAUGCUUCUGUUUCAAUUGAAAGUUUAUAUGAUGAUAUUGAUUUUAGAACCAAGAUUACAAGAGAAGAAUUCGAAGAAUAUGUUGGUGAUUUAUCUAAAAGAAUUACAAAUCCAAUCUUGAAUAUUUUCAGUAAUCAAUUUGAUGAUGAAUUAGAAUUAACUUUAAAAGAUGUUAAAUCUGUUAUAUAUGCAGGUGGUUCAACUCGUAUUCCAUUUGUUCAAUCACAUUUAUUAUCACUUAUUGGUGAAGAUAAAGUUUCUAAAACUAUUAAUGCAGAUGAAUCAGCUGUUGUUGGUGCUACUUUACGUGGUGUUCAAAUUUCUAAAAUGUUUAAAACAAAACAAUUAAACGUUUCUGAAGCUUCAGUUUAUAAUUAUGAAUUCGCAAUUAGUGGUGAUGAUGAAGAUGAAAUAAAACAAGUUGUUUUCCCUAAAGGUUCAUCAUAUAAUCAAAUUAAAGAAAUUGAAUUAACAAAAUUAUUCAAUACAUCAAAGGAUUUCACAAUUGAUUUAUAUGAAGAAUCAAAAUUAUAUGGACAAUAUAUUUCAAGUGAUGUUUUAUCUUCAAUUAAGAAAUUAGAUUUUAAUUCAUCUGAAUGUUCAAAUGGUGCUAAAAUUUAUGGGAAAUUUAAAUUAAGUGAAAGUCGUAUUUUCACAUUAGAAUCAAUUCAAGCAAGAUGUGAAGGUGAAACUAAUGAAGAUAUUAAUGACGAUGAAGGUAAAUCAUCAGGAUUUUUCGAUAAAUUGAAAAAUAAAAAAGAUUCUCAACAACAAGAUGAUGAAUCAAAUCAAAAAAUUUUAAAACCAAAAAUUUCAAAUUUGAAAACUUUAUUACCAACAAAAUUAAAAUAUGCAUCUUCAAGACCUUUAGGAUCUGCAACUAAACAAGAAUUAAGAUCUCAUUUACAUUUAUUAAAUUCUAAAGAUCUUCAAAGAAGACAACGUUCAGAAAAAUUAAAUGAGUUGGAAGCUAUUUUAUAUAAAGUUCGUGCAUUUAUUGAAGAAGAAGAAGUUAUUGAAAAAGGUCCAAGUGAAAUUAUUGAAAAUUUAAAUUCUAAAAUUUCUGAAGAUUUAGAAUGGUUAGAUUAUGAUAGUGAUGAUGCAACAAUUAAAGAUAUAAAGAAAAAAAUUGAAUCAAUUAAAAAUGAAUAUAAUCAAAUUGAAAAAUUUAUGGAAAAUUUAAAUAUUCCAUUAGAUUCUGAAGCUUUCCAAAUUUUACAUAAAGAAGGUGUUGUUGCAUUAAAUUCAAUUCAAGAUUUUAUUUUAACAAUGGGUGAAACUGCAGCUGGAUUAUUAAGAAAUUUCACAGAAGUUGGAUUAGAUUUUGAAAAAGAAUCCAAAAAGGUUAAAUUGAGAAGUCCAGAUUAUUCACAACAAGAAAUUGAAGAUAAUUCAAAAGAAUUUGUUCAAAUUUUUAACAAAAUUAAAGAAUUAUAUGAAAAUCCAAAAAUUUUAGAAUCUAAAUCAAGAGAAGAAUUAUUUAAAUUAAGAACUGAAGCAUUACAAAAAAUUGAAAAAACAGAAUUAAUUAAAAAAAAUCUUCAAUCUGUUGAAUCUCAAAGAUUAAGAGAAAUGAAUGGUAUUUUACAAAGAUUUUUCAGAGCUCAAAGAAGAGCAGCUGCUAAAGCUGCUUCAAAGGCAAAAGCUGAAGCUGAAGCUGAACAAACUGAAGCUACUGAAACUACUGAAGUUGAAACUGCUACAGAAACUAAUAAUGUUGAAGAAGAAUCAACAAUUAGUGAAGAAUCAGAAGCAGAACCUACUUCAACAAAACAAGCAUUAGAGCAUGAUGAGUUGUGA